AUGCUGCUGCGACGGGACAACAAGACAAACUCACCGAACAUCACAGAGGGGAACAGCCACGAUCCCUCCCGCACCACUGAAGUUUUUCGCGUUUUGUUAAAUACUGGUGAUCAAGCGGACAGGCUGCUGAGGGCUUCUGUCAUGCCCUGGGAGACAUCGCCAAAGGAGAAGCCGUGUUACACUCUGCCCACAGUGAAGAAACUCUUGGAGCAGAAGAGGAAGCGCGAGACGUCCUCAGUGUCACCCUCGUGCUCCACGGCCAGCACAAGUCCUGUCCCUCCUACCACUGUUACAGUAAGGCACCACACAGAUCCCUUCUCCAUUUCAGGUGCAUCAAGCAACUACUCAGACAUGGCAGUAGGCUAUGAGCAUUGGGCGCCUGCCCCAGAGUCUUCUCUCAAUUACUACUCCAGCCCCCAAGGAGCCAGCUAUGCUGAAGCCUACAGCCUUCCAAUGGGCUCUGAAUACAGCACACAGCAGCAGAUCCAGGGAUUUGGAGAUGCAAUGUCUCAGCCAUAUGAGUGUCCUGUUUCAGUGGCGAGUCCUGUUCUGACUUCAUCCUGGCCAUUCCUGGGCCCCAGUCAGUCUGCACAGCUAAGUUUUGGCUCACAGCUGGAUGCCGCCAAGCUGGAGGAGGCCAGGAUGUUACUCAGUGGGAUGGACUACAGCAGAACCACUGGUCAGGAUGAAGAUGGUGACACCAUCCUACAUAUCUACACUGCCAAAGGCCUCAGGGAGUGUGCCUUUGCUGCUGCAGAGAGGCUGAGGGAAUUAGGGAGACUUGAUGCCAAAGAACACAAGGGCAAGACUGCUCUGCUGGUGGCAGUGACAGCAAACCAGCCCGAGAUCGUCCAAGAUCUUCUGUCACUCGGGGCGGACGUCAAUGCUUGUGAUGUCAAUGGUCAAACCGCUCUUCAUCUGGCUGCAAACUAUGGCUUCCCUAGGGUUUUGCAGGUUAUUCUGUCCAGUGGAGCUGCAGUGAACAUUGAAGCCAGCAAUUUUGAAGGUAUGACUCCUCUGCACUGUGCAGCCAUUUCCCACAGUCUCACCAUGAAGGCUCUGGCUGCCAGUGGCCUGGAGAUGUCAGCCGCAGAGCAGGCUGUGGAGAAGCUCUCCUGUCUGCAGAUGCUGCUCAAUGCAGGGGCGUCGUUGCUAGCCCAGGAAAUCAAAAGUAACAAGACUGUCCUGCACCUGGCAGUCAAAGAUGGCAACAUUGACCUGGUUCGCCAUCUGCUGAGGAUUCCUCUGCCAAACUUGAAGGAGUUUGUCAACAUGAAGGCUCAUGGACACACAGCCUUACACAUGGCAGCUGGUCUCCAUGGAAGCCCUCACCAGGAAGAGAUGCUGCGGCUACUGCUGGGCAGGGGAGCUGACCCCAGCAUCCGCAACCUCGAGAAUGACCAGCCAGCCCACCUCCUGCAGAGCGGACACCGUGGGAGAACAGCUCAAGCUGAUCCUGAAGAAACGGAGUGCUUCCACUCGUCGGCGAAUGGUGUCCCUCUGAUCAAGGCGUUUGCUGCCACCUAA